CGAACUCGAACCAUUGUAAUGAACCAAUGAUUCGUUGCUGCCUUUGCCACUCUGCAACCAGACAAGUCCACGCGCGAAUAAACAAACCAACGCAGUGAAAGUGUUUAGGAACACGGAGAGAGAUACGAAUCAUACGAUGAAUAGUGGCGACAUCUUAUCGAAGUUAGCUCUAUGCUUCUCCUCUUCCGAAGUCUUUUUCCGGCGAGCUUACGGCGAUGAUGGAGUCCUUCGUUAUUGCUGGGCCACCGUGUUGACACUUGUCUUCAUUCUUCUCUGCCAAAUUAUCCGUAAAGUUCGAUUCUUUCGUCAGGAUUCAUCUUCUCCUUCGUCUUCUUCCCCUGCCGUUUCAGCUUCUCAAUCUCUGAGCUCUCAAUCAAGAAUCUCUACACUUGUUUCUGAUGAAGACCUAAAAGACCUUAUUGAAAAACUAGGGGAGAGAAGUGAUGAUGAUACUGAGAUUUGGGAAGAUGUUAUUCAGAAAAGCAACCCUCGCGUGUCCUACACUGCCAAAUGCUGCAAACCACAAGAUGGUGGUUCUGUGAAGUACUUAAGCACCACGGUAUUUGAGAACUGCUCGCCGGAGGUUCUGAGGGACUUUUACAUGGACAAUGAGUACAGGAAACAGUGGGAUAAGACCGUGGUCGAGCACGAGCAGUUGCAGGUUGAUAGUAGCAGCGGAAUAGAGAUCGGUCGGACGAUAAAGAAGUUUCCUUUGUUGACGCCAAGGGAGUAUGUAUUGGCUUGGAGGUUGUGGGAGGGGAAGGAUAAGUUUUAUUGUUUCAUCAAGGAGUGUGAUCACAGUAGGGUGCCGCAGCAGAGGAAGUAUGUACGUGUAAGUUAUUUCCGAUCUGGUUGGAGAAUCAGGAAAGUUCCUGGUAGGGAUGCUUGUGAGAUCCACAUGUUCCACCAGGAAGAUGCUGGAUUAAAUGUUGAGAUGGCGAAGCUUGCUUUCUCGAGAGGCAUAUGGAGUUACGUUUGUAAGAUGGACAGUGCGCUUCGUAAGUACAUUGCAACCAGUCGUAGACCCCAAGGGCCCACUGUAUCUGCUGUUAGCUUAAUGAAAAAGGUUCCACCGGAGUUAGAGAAUCAGACAGAUGACAUCACAAACUCCUCGGGAACUGUGCACACAGGUGAAGGAGCCGAAAGGAAGAAACUGUUGAGAAAGCCUUCAAAGAAACAGGUAGCAAAGGGUCUGUUGCUUGUGGGCGGUGCGGUUGGUAGUGCAGUUUGCCUGUCUCGUGGUCACUCCGCCUUAGGUGCUAAGGUUGCAUUGGCUUACUUCUUGGCAAAGCUGAGAAAGCGUGGAGCUCAGCAGAGUCAGACUUCCCAGAACGCUGGUAUUUAACUCAUAUGUGACUCCUAAGCUUGUGUGAUAGGAGAGUUGUUUAUAGAAGUGAUUGACGUGUGAAUACUACUGUCAUCUAGUAAAGUUAUAUAUGCAAUGGCUCUGACCGCAUGAGCUCUGGGUCUUCAAAGUUUCUGUAUACCUCUCAUGGUAGACGCGCGCGUGUAUGUGUGUGUGACUUAAUGUAAAUGUAAAGAGUUUCAAAACACAGUCAAGCCUUAAGGAUAAGGCCAAGAGAAACAUAUAUAUUCAGACAA